AUGAAUCCUGGAGCAGGAGUACCACCGUUUGAUCCGGACGACACGACCAACGUUAGUUCGAGGUGGAAAAAGUGGAAGCGAGCAUUUGAAAUAUUUUUAGACGUGAAUAAUGUGGCGCUUGCCUCAAGAAAAAAGGCAUAUCUCCUGCAUUAUGCUGGUGAAGGUGUGCAGGACAUUUACGACAGUUUGGUGGGAAACGAAGAGCAGGAAGUACCGGUUGGAUCAGACGCGUACAAGGAGGCUGUUAAUGUGUUGGAUAAGCACUUUUUGCCCAUGAAGUGCUUGCCUCAGGAACGUCACAUAUUCCGGAAUUUGCAGCAAGAAUCUGAUGAAAAGAUUUCGAAAUUCGUACUGCGUUUAAGGGAGCAAGGUAAGCUAUGCGAAUAUGGAGAUUGGCUCGAUGAGAAUAUAAAAGAACAAAUUUUCGAAAAAGGAUCAUCGGAUGAACUUCGUGCAAAAAUAUUAACGAAACCAGGAAUAACGUUGGAGGAGAUCAUCAAAGAAGGGCGUUCUCUAGAGACGAUUGAGAAAGUUAGACGACAGUUGCAGCAAUCAGCAGAUAUUAACAAACUUACAACUUACAAAAACGAGUGUUUCCGUUGUGGACGAAUAGGACAUUUUGCCAACGAUGAUUGUUGUCCUGCAAAAGAUAAAAAGUAUGAGAAGUGUGGUCUGAUUGGGCAUUUCCGGCGAUGCUGUAAGACGAAGGAACGUGAGGCAGUGAAUGAUCGUAACAAGAGAAAACAUUGGCGUGUUCGUCAGGUUGGAGAAGAAGCUUCAGGUGGAAGUGAGAGCAUUUGUGAUUCGGAUGAUAGUGGCAGUGGAAUUGUAGACCCGCAAGAUGAUGUUAAAUAUGUUUUUGCUGCUAGUACGGAUGACACGCAAGAUGAUAAAGUAGUUUGCAGUGUGGGGGGGGGGGGGGGUGUAAAAAUCAAAUGGAUCGUUGAUUCUGGAGCCGGAGUGAAUGUGAUUGAUAGCAACACUUGGUCUUAUUUGAAGAAACUCAAAAUAAACGUUCUUUCUCAAUCCAAAGUCUCCACGCGAACCCUGAAGGCGUACGGAAACAUCAACUUGCAAGUCAUCGGUGAAUUUACGGCUAACAUCGCAACCAAGUAUAACAAUGUGGUUGCUGAAGUAUUCGUUGUGAAGAACAAAGGGGCAAGUCUGCUGAGUCGUGAUACAGCCACCCAAUUGCAGAUUCUCAAAAUCGAUACAAACGUGUGGAUUGUGAAUGAGAAUAACAAAAUAGGAAAAGUAGCAGGCUUUGAAGUUUCGCUUCAAAUUGACGAUAAAGUGAAGCCAGUUCAACAUACGAAAUGUCAUGUUCCAAUUCCGUUGCAGGAAAAAGUACAAAGUGAGAUAGAUCAUCUGCUCGAACAGGAUAUAAUCGAAACAGCUCCGAGAGAUUCCCCAUGGAUAUCUCGCCUAGUUAUUAGUCCAAAGGCUGGUGAUCCAGUGAGUGUUUGGUUGUGCGUGGACAUGAGAGCCGCUAAUAAAGCUAUCGUUCCACAGCACUACCCACUUCCUACCUUCGAUGACAUAGUACCUCAUUUGCAUAAUUGCAAAUGGUUUUCUAAAAUAGAUUUAACCAAGGCCUUCCAUCAUGUAGUUUUGGCGGAGGAAUGCAGAUUCAUCACUACGUUUGCUACUCACCAGGGAUACUAUCGUUACAAAAGGUUGACCUUCGGGAUGAAUUGCGCAUCUGAAGUAUUUCAAAGUAUUAUCGAGCGUGUUUUGAAAGGAAUAAAGUGCGUUCGAGUGUUCAUCGACGAUAUAGUCGUGUUUGGCCCUACGAAACAACAACAUGACGACACUCUGCGUGACGUAAUGAAUCGUUUGAAGGAGUUUGGACUUACUAUCAAUCACAAGAAAUGCGAGCUAGGAAGAUCAGAGGUAGUUUUUAUGGGACAUAUUCUUUCGGCGGACGGAAUCAGGCCAACGUGGAACAAGGUGGACGCGAUAAGGAGACUUCGAGAACCCACUACUGUCGAGGAAGUGCGAAGCUUUCUGGGUACUAUAACAUAUCUUGGGAGGUUCAUACCCGACUUGUCAACGUUAACGACGCCACUUCGUGAUCUUCUUCGAAAAACUUCGAAGUUUCAUUGGGGAGUCCAGCAAAGGGAAGCGUUCCAAAAAAUUAAAGACGUAUUGAUGAAUCCGAAGGCGCUAGGAUAUUAUUCUCCACAUGAUCAGACGAUUUUGAUUGCAGACGCCAGUCCCACUGGUUUAGGAGGUGUACUACUGCAGGAGAAAGACGGCUUGAAACGAGUCAUCUGCUACAUUAGCAAAGGACUUUCGGAUGCUGAGAAGUCAUACGCGCAAAACGAGAAGGAAGCUUUGGCGUUAGUUUGGGCCACGGAACGAUUGCAAAUCUAUUUGAGAGGGAUGGAGUUUUUACUGUUGACAUACCAUAAGCCACUCAAAGUGAUUUUUGGACCAGGGCACGUUUCUUGUCCACGAAUCGAAAGGUGGGCCAUGCGGCUACAGUCUUUCCGUUUCAAAAUAAUACAUAUUCCGGGAAAAAUAAACAUUGCGGAUUCACUAUCGCGAUUGCCAAGAUUCAAGCACUGCACUACUUACGAUCGCUUUGGAGAAGCAUCACUUUUGGCAAUUAUGGAGAGUGCGAAACCUAAUGCAUUGACCAUCGAAGAAAUGUCGAAGCAUACCGUCAGCGACCCAAUCCUCGCGGAAGUAAAAGAGGCUCUGCAGACAGGUCGUUGGAAUGAUGCAAUUAAAAAGUUUACUCCUUUUAAAGACGAGUUGUACUGUUGCCGUGAACUGCUACUGAGAGGAGAGCGUUUGAUAGUACCAAAUAGUUUACAAAAACGGGUGCUUCGCCUGGCCCACAUCGGCCAUCCAGGAAUUGAACGGUCAAAUCAACGUUUGCGGUCCAAAGUUUGGUGGCCAACAAUGGAUAGAGACGUAGAGAAAGCGGUACGUACCUGUUUGGACUGCCAAGAAGUUGGGAAAGCGGCCCCCCCGGAACCCCCGGAACCAAUGGCGAUUAGAGAACUACCACAAAAGCCAUGGGAAGAUUUGCAUCUGGAUAUUCUUGGACCUCUGCCUUCAGGAGAAUCGCUGUUGGUGAUCAUCGACCCUUACAGCCGUUAUAAAGUCAUCGAAGUGAUGCGACAAACCACAACAUCGGACAUUAUUGCCAGAUUGCGUCCUCUGUUUAUGAGACUAGGAGUUCCUAAAAUACUGUUGACAGAUAAUGCAAGGAAUUUUACCAGCAAAGAAAUGGAAGACUUUUGUGGGGAGUUUGGAUUAACGCUGCGUCACACCACGCCAUAUUGGCCACAAGCCAAUGGUGAGGUCGAGCGUCAGAAUCGGAGCAUUCUCAAAAUUCUACGGAUAGCGGAACUCAACCAAUCAGACUGGAAGAAAGACUUGGAAGAAUACAACUACGUGUAUGCAUUGACACCUCAUCCGGCGACAGGGUAUUCUCCAGCCGAGAUUCUAUUUGGACGAAAAUUCCGCGACUGGAUCCCACAACUCUCUCAAUCAAGUCAAGGCUUAAAUGACGAAGUAAGAGAUAAUGACAGAAGGUACAAAUUCAAGUCCAAAGUGCACUAUGAUGCGGUGAAAAGAACAAAGGAGUCAAAUUUACGUAUUGAUGAUCGUGUGCUUAUGAAGAACCUGAACCCUGCCAAUAAGUUGACGCCAACUUUUCAUUCAGAGCCAACACGUGUGGUACACAAGCAGGGAUGGAAUUUCCCUGUUGUCGAGACACCUGCAGGGCAGAGAUACCGACGUAAUUCGUCUCACCUGAAGAAGCUGCAAACUCAGGAAUGCACCGAAACUGAUCAUGCGGAGGAAGACGAUGUUGAAGAAACUUUAGAGUGGAGUACACCUUUGAACCAGCAGCGAGAAUCGCCUGGAUCGGAAAGUGGCAAACGUACACCAUCGGUUCCAGAGCCUGAUCUGUCCUCAACGAAGAUGAAACGGCAGAUCAGAAAGCCACUUCGGUUCGACGACUAUGUGCUGGAUGAGAUUCAUAAUACGGAGUGA